AUGACGGAAAGCCUGAGUGACCAGGAUUUGAAACAUAUUUUAAACUGCCAGUUUGGCGAAUGGUACAAGUUAUUCAAAAGGGAUACACCGAAAGCUCGAGUUCUUGAUUGCCCCGAGGAUUUCCGGCGGUGGCUGCUGGCUGACGGUAUGGUGUUGCCGGAUAAUGGAGAAUUGAGCGACGAUGGUUCGGAUCGAAGCGACAGCGACGAUGAUUCAGAUGCCGGCUUUACGCAGGCUUCAGCAAUUCCGCAGGAAUUCGACAGUUUGGUGAAGGAAACUAUCAGAUCUUUAGACGGCGAAGUUGCUCCCAAACUCAACUGGUCGGCGCCGCGAGACGCCGUUUGGAUCUCACCCACCAAUGAUAUGCGAUGCAUCAAUGCUAACGAUGUAUACAUGUUGAUCAAGUCGUCGGACUACUGCACCUUUGACUUGACAAAGUCUCUUGGAAAUAAGGGGCCUCCCAAGUUGACUUUGGUGUUGCGUGAAUGGUUCGAUAUCCACAGAUCUCUGGAGUUCAGAUGUUUUGUCAAGGACGGAGAACUGAUUGGUGUGUGCCAAAGAGAUCUCAAUUUCUACGACUUCUUAGCGCCCUUGCGUACAAAGAUCCAGGACAUUCUAACUGAGUUUUCAACGAAGCUCGUUGACAAGUUCCCCGAUUCGUCUUUUGUGUUCGAUGCCUAUAUUCCAAAGUCUUAUAACAGAGCGUGGCUGAUUGAUAUCAACCCGUGGCUUGACCGCACAGACACGUUGUUGUUUGACUGGGAAGAACUGAGGUCCUGGGAUAAACCGUUUGAGCUCAGGCUGAUUGGCAAGCUCGACUCGACGAGGGACUUUGGUUCGAAGCCCCACACAGCAAACUAUGUGCCCCAUGAUUUAGUGGAUAUGCCUCGUGAAAACGUUGAGGAAUUGGUAGACAAGCUCCGUGAAUCGUAUCGCGACCAACAAAAAGAGUAA